AUGGAGCUGGCUCGGGUCAACCUUUUCUUCUUUCUAAUUAUUAAUCGAGUAUUUAUCACCCUUCAGACAAAAGAACAUGUGUUGCUAGACAUGAGAGCCUCUGGAUCAGAGCUGGGAUGGUUGACGUCGCCGAAUGAGGCCGGGUGGGAGAUUGUUCAGACGGUGGUGAACGGCUCCCUUUUUUACACCUACAGCGUUUGUAACAUAGACUCCACCGACCAGGACAACUGGCUGCGGACGACUUUCAUUCAGAGGCGCCCGGAGAGCAGCCGCGUCUCCGUGGAGCUCCGGUUCGUCGUCCGGGACUGCAACACCUUCGACGGCGCCUCCGUCACCUGCAAGGAGACCUUCAACCUCUUCUACUCGGAGGCCGACGCCGACGUGGGGACCAGCUUCCGCGCGGGGCAGUUCCGCAAGGUGGCCACCAUCGCUCCCGACGAGGUCACGAGGGGCCGCGUGCCGAAGAUCAACACCGAGACCAAAGUCGUGGGGCCCCUGUCCAAAAAGGGCUUCUACCUGGCCUUCCAGGACAUGGGCGCCUGCGUGGCCCUGCUGUCCGUCAGGGUCUACUACAAGACGUGCCCGUCCACCGUGCAGAGCCUGGCGGCCUUCCCGGAGACGGUGGCAGAUGCCCUGCUGUCGUCUCCCGUGGCGGAGGUGGAGGGCGACUGCGUGAAGAAUGCCGUCAGUCAGACCACCCCACGCAUUCACUGCACAGCUGAGGGCGAAUGGGUGGUUCCCGUGGGCCAGUGCCAGUGUCUCCCGGGAUACGAAGCCACGGGCGACUCCUGCCAAGAAUGCAAACCAGGCUACUUCAAACCGUCUGUCUCCAGUGAGCUGUGCCAAGUUUGCCCAGAUAACACCAAGCCUUCUUCAGCUGGUGCCACCGAGUGUCUCUGCGAGGACGGCUUUUUCAGAUCCCCUUCAGACCCUCCGGCGGCAGCUUGCUCUGCUCCGCCCAGUCGCCCACGCAACCUGGCCUCCACCACCCUCUCGGGGGAGGGCCGCCUGCUGCUGUCCUGGAGCCCACCUCUGAGGACCGGAGGCCGCAGCGACCUCACCUACAGCGUGGCGUGUGAGAUCUGCGACGAGUCCCAGUGUGUGCCCUGCGGCGAGAAGAUCCGCUUCGAGAGCGGUCCGACAGAGCUUCAGAAGUCCGAAGUCGUUGCCAGCGGCCUGGAUUCUCAUCACAACUACACGUUCACCGUGGAGGCUCAUAGUGGAGUGUCCCAGCAUGGCAAGGAGAGGGCCACUGCUACCAUCACCACCACACUGGAUUAUACAAAUCCCCCCAAGGUGACGUCGAUCCAGCUGGAUGAUCGUAGUCCCACCAGCCUGUCUCUGUCCUGGACUCUGUCUCGCAGACCUCCGGCCCACAUCAAUCACCACUAUGAGCUUAUGUACCGUAAAAAAGAUAUUGAGGGAGCGAGUGAUGUGACCACUUACACGGUCCUAAUUCUGGACAAAAACUCUGUCCAGAUCAACGAUCUCACCCCAGAUACUACCUACGUGUUCAGAGUUUCGGUCAAACUGAGUUCUGAAGCUAUGCCCGGCAGCUACAGCAACGAGCACACGUUUCAUACUCCGGCUUUAGCCGAACCGCUGACACAGGACAAGACCACCUUGGUGAUGGGAGCUGUGGUCGGCGUAGCCGUUAUCCUACUUCUCGUGGUGGUCUUCCUGCUGUUCCGAAGAAGGAGACUGAUUUCUCGCAGCAGAGGACCUGAAGAUCCCUACUUUUCUACAGAUCAGCUUAAGCCUCUGAAGGCGUACGUCGACCCACACACGUACGAGGACCCUAACAUCGCCAUCCAAAAGUUCGUUAAAGAAAUCGACCCAAACUUGAUCAGCCAACAGAAAGUCAUCGGUGUUGGUGAGUUCGGGGAAGUGUUUCGUGGCGUGAUGAAGGUUCCUGGGAAACGAGAGGUGACGGUAGCCAUCAAGACGCUGAAGCCCGGCUACUCAGAGAAGCAGAGGCAGGACUUCCUUAGCGAGGCCAGCAUCAUGGGCCAGUUCUCACACCCAAAUAUCAUCCGGCUCGAAGGGGUCGUCACCAAAUUCAAGCAUGCCAUGAUAGUGACAGAAUACAUGGAGAAUGGAGCUCUUGACACGUACCUGAAGGACCACGAUACAGAGAUUCCUCCAUAUCAGCUUUUGGGAAUGCUGCGAGGAAUAGCCGCUGGCAUGAAAUACCUCUCCGACAUGAACUAUGUCCACCGGGACUUGGCGGCGAGGAACGUUCUGGUCAACAGCAACCUGGAAUGCAAGGUGUCCGACUUCGGGCUUUCCCGUGUGUUGGAGGACGACGCCGAGGGCACCUACACGACCAGAGGAGGUAAAAUCCCCAUCCGCUGGACGGCUCCAGAGGCCAUUGAAUACAGGAAGUUCACCUCGGCCAGCGACGUGUGGAGCUUCGGCAUAGUCAUGUGGGAAGUCAUGGCAUUCGGAGAACGGCCCUAUUGGGACAUGAGCAACCACGAGGUCAUGAAGGCUAUCAACGAAGCUUUCAGGCUUCCUGCUCCGAUGGAAUGCCCGGCUGCUAUCUACCAGCUCAUGCUCGAGUGCUGGCAGCACGACCGCUCCAAGCGACCCCGCUUCUCAGACAUCGUCAACAUUUUGGAUAAACUCCUGCAGUGUCCGGAGUCUUUGAAACCCAUCGCCGACUUUGACCCGCGCGUGUCCAUCCGCCUGCCCAGCACCAGCGGCUGUGACAACACGAUGUUCAGAUCGGUGUCGGAGUGGCUGGAGUCCAUCAAGAUGAGCCAGUACAACGAAAGCUUCACUCGAGCAGGGAUAACCACCAUGGAGCACGUGCUCGCCUUGAGGCCCGAAGACAUUAAGAACAUUGGAGUGCGGUUGCCCGGCCACAUGAAGAGGAUAGCAUACAGCAUCCUGGGCCUGAAAGACGAGACCAGCUCCCUCAGCGUGUUUGCAGUGUGAUCUCAGCAUUCCUCCAAAUCAAAGUGCACUGACCGGCCAUGCCAUUUCACUCACAGACUAUGAGGGGACAGAGGAGAGGAGGGGGGGGGGGUGAAACUGAGCCACGCUGCAAGGAUUUUUUUUUUUUUGUCUGUAUGUGGCCCAGCGUUGGGAGAUUAAAGAGGAGCCACCCGAACCGCUCAGAAAAGGACUGGGAACCGAGCACAUUCAUGUACUAUACCAUAACGGAAGAGAUUAAUUUAUAUAAAAAAAUGUUUCAUAUGUUGAACAUAUAUGUACUUCAUAAAAGUGUAUAAAAAAUGUGCAUAAUGUGAGAGUGCUUGCACUUGUAUAAACUGACUGAAAUAUGCCAAGCACUCACUUUUUUUUUUCUUCUUCCAGUGAUUCUGGAUCCUUCAGUCUUUUUCUUUUCACUUUUCUGUGAUUAGCGACUUGUUUUUAAAUUUGAGAAUCGCAUUUCACUCAGGGCAAAAAUCACAGAUCCUUAAUGUUUUGUAGUCAUUGUCUUCAUCACACGUUUUCAUUUGUUUACAUCAUGUCUUAAUACAACAGUUCAUUUUUAUUUAAUAUUUAUUUCAUUUUAUAUUUAUGUCAUUCGCACAUGAAAUAACAGAUCUGGCGAGUGUGAGCCCGACUGUUUGUUCUUGUGUUUGAAUAAAAUGUUUUGUUGCCUAAUGA